AAGGGGAAUUUAGGAGGGAGGGGCCGUUUGCAGAAAAGUUGGGAGAACCUUAUAGAAAAUCCCAGGAGACCUAGGGCUGCAAAAAAGGACAUAGGAAGCACCUUUGUACGGAGUCAGACCAACAAGUCUGAUCCUUGGACUAAUCCGUCUGCGCUCACCUCGCUGAAGGAAAUGGCCGAAGGGGAGAGGAUAGCCAAUCUGAAAACAGAGGAACAGGAUCCGGCAGGCCCCAGGUUAUGGGAUGGCAUGGAGGAAGCCACAAGCGAAGGCCCACCAGUUAACAAUUUGGUCGGUGGAGCCAAGUUGGUUUUGACGGAGGAAGCAUCGCAGCGGGUUAAGCAGGAACCGAGCGAGGGUAUGCUCCAGCAGUGCUGGGAAGGCCAGUGGCAGGCCUUCCUGAAGGCUGUGCGGUCCCCUCGCUUGGGAGGGAUCGACCCGCAGGUGCCCCGGCCUGUGCCAAGGGAAGACAUCAAUGAAUGUCAGGUCACUUCUGAGGGAGUGGACGAAGCUGGCCAGUGGCCCCGAAGAGAAGGCAGCGAGGAGAUCCUGGACUCCUCCAGAGAACAGGUCAAAGUAGAGGUUCUGGACAAGGACCCCGUUGACUUGGACGUGCGACGCAGGCGCUUCAGGCAGUUCCGCUAUGAGAAAGCCGAGGGCCCCCGAGAAGUCUUGAGCCGACUCCGGGAGCUUUGCCACCGGUGGCUGAAGCCAGAAAGACACACCAAGGAGCAGAUCUUGGAGCUGGUGGUUCUGGAGCAGUUCCUAGCUGUCCUGCCCCAACGAAUACAGGGCCAAGUCAGGGAGCAGGACCCAGAGACCUGCACCCAGGUGGUGGCCCUCGUGGAGGAUUUCCUGAUGAGGCAGGAAGUCCAAGAUGCCAGGAGCUGGGAUCAGCAGGUGCUGAGGCCUUCUGGAGAAACAGCUGUGAAUUCCUCUGAGGCAAGCCAGGUUCCUCCCAACUUUUGGAAAGGGCAACUCUGCAGAGCAGCGGGUCAGGUAGAGGACAAAACUGCAGAUUUGACAGGUGACAGGCAAAUGCAUGAGAAGGAGGGGAUUGGCCUUCAAAAGGAACGUUCAGAGCAAGUGGAACCAAACGAUGCAACCUUACGAAGAGAAAAGGGUUUCAAGAAGUACAGGAAGGGAAUAACAUUUGGGAGUCAGCAGGAAGCGGAAAGAGAACCAAAGAGAACUCUAGAGAAAACUGUUCCCUGUCUGGAGGAUAACGAGGAUGGGGAAGAAAACAGGGUCCAGCCUCAUGACAGGCAAACAACCAAGAGAAGCUUCAGGCCCACUCUUAACCAUCAGAGAAUCCCCGCUGGAGAGAAGCCCUAUAAGUGCUCUUUCUGCGGGAAUAGCUUCACUCGGACGUGGGACCUCCUGGUACAUACGAGGAUCCACACCGGGGAGGCCCCGUAUAAGUGCUCCUACUGUGGGAAAAGCUUCAGCCGCGGUUCACUCUUCAGGGAACACGUGAGAACCCACACGGGGGAGAGGCCCUACAAGUGUUCACACUGCGGGAAGAGCUUCAACCGGAAACGCUACCUUAUCACUCACGAGAGAAUCCACACGGGGGAGAACCCGCCUCUGUGCCUUUAUUGUGGGAAAAGCUUCUCCCAGAGGGCCAGCCUCAUUGCCCACGAGCGGAUCCACACGGGGGAAAUCCCAUACAAAUGCAGUCACUGCGACAAAAGUUUCUCCCAGAAGUCCAAGCUCGUCAUACAUGAGAGGACCCACACGGGAGAGACUCCCUUCAAGUGCCCUGAGUGUGGGAAAAGCUUCAGCCAAAAGGGGAACCUUAGGACACACAUGAGAAUCCACACUGGAGAGAAGCCUUUCAAAUGCCUGCUUUGCAUGAAAAGCUUCUCUCAGAGGGCCAAACUCCUCGUACAUGAAAAAAUGCAUACUGAACCGAUCCCCGUAUAAGUGCAGGCGAUUGGUACAACAGAGGGGCUACUUAGGUUUUGUAGGAGAACUAAGGUAAAGACAAAUUUGUGAGAGGAUAAGCUGCAUGUCUCUAAACGCCAGUGGUUGGGGAAUGAUUUCGGGGAGCUGUUGUGGCUUUGUCCUGCUUUUGGGCUUCUCACUGGGGCAUCUGCUUGGCCACUGUGAGGAACAAGAUGCUCAACAAGACAGGCCUUUGCUCUGAUCCUGCAGGAUUCUUCUUGUGUCCUUUUUGAGCUGGGAGACAAGAAACUUCCCCCAUGAAAAUUUCACCCCCUCCUCCUGGGUGGCAAUAGGUAGAGCUCAGGCGGCUCUGGGUGUUUGCUGAAGUACAGCUCCCAUCGUCCCUGGCCAUUGGCUGUGCUGGGUGUUGCAUCCCAACAACACGUGGAAGCUCCUCGCCCAGUCUCCUCGAUCCCCAGCCCCUGAUCUGUUGAACCAAACUGGACUUGAUGGGAGUAUAUUGUGCUCCAGGAGGCUUGGUUUGGUCAGAAUCGAGUGUACGCUUCCAGAGUUGAUGCUGGCUGCCCCAAAGCAUCAUGGGAACUGUCAUUUUAGGGCAUUGGCAGAUACUAUGAACCCCCUCACAGAACUACCAUGCCCAUAGUUUUCUGCCAAGAGGGACUGAGCUUGUUCUGGAUUAAGAGCAGGGCUGAGAGCGACGCAUGUCUAGUUUGGCCACUUAUGGGUCUAGCAGUGUGGUAUGGCUUGUGGGUGUGAGGGGCUGGUAGUCCUCCAGAUGAUUGUUUGUUUUCUGCUCCAGAGAAGCAGACACGGAGCAAUGGAUUCAAACUACAAGAAAGAAGAUUCCACCUAAACAUUAGGAAGAACUUCCUGACAGUAAGAGCUGUUCGGCAGUGGAAUUUGCUACCAAGGAGUGUGGUGGAGUCUCCUUCUUUGGAGGUCUUUAAGCAGAGGCUUGACAGGCAUAUGUCAAGAAUGCUUUGAUGGUGUUUCCUGCUCGGCAGGGGGUUGGACUGGAUGGCCCUUGUGGUCUCUUCCAACUCUAUGAUUCUAUGAUAUUUGGACUUCCGGGGCUGGCUCACCCAGGGUAUUCUGCCGCUGAGGCAAAACAGUGUUGCUGCUGCACCCUCAACGAGUCCUGCCCCACACACCUACUGAGGGUGACUCCUUGUGUCCCCCACCGAUGACUACGCCAACUCCAAUGCUGCCAUUCCCACCCAUCCCCCAAGACAAAGGGAAGAAAAUGGAGACUGAAAAGGCAGCGGGGAAUGGGGCAAAAUGGAGCAGGCCGCAACAGUGGCAGAUCAGGAGAAUGGUUCACUCUUCGUGGGCCUAGAUCUGCUGCCCCACCCCACCCCCCCUCCGAGCCUCCU